AUGGUAAUCAAACUAUCUGAGAUAUUUAUACUGAUCACUAUUUUAUCAACUGGCUUCGGGGCAAAAUUAGAUGCCUUCAUUCCCACAUACUUCCGGUCUCUUGAAGAACCUAUUCUAAUUAAUUUCCCUAAGAGGAUCAAUUUUACAAGGCCCACGGCUCAGCGAUUUUACCUUCCACCGGAAAGUAUUACUCUACCGGAAGUCAUCGAUAACCGAUUGAGAAGUUCUACCUGGCUUGAUUUUUAUAAAUUAAAUCAACCAGAUUUAUUUUUGCAAACUCCAUAUAAAAAUAACGAAAGAGAACACUUUUUCAAAUUUAGGCCAAGUAAUACGCAAACGAAACAAGUCCCAGAUUUCAAUUCUCAAGAUUUUGAUUCUACAUUUGUGAAAGUCACCGAAAUGUCAUGCAGAAAUUCUGGCGAAGAACUUUAUUUUAGAGCAUCUCUGACACCACCGAAAAAUACUGAUAAACCAAUAAUCGAAAAUUCUGGAAGUGCUGACUGUCAAAUUUUGAAACUGAAUGAUGAAUAUAAAAUUGAUUUUAGUAAUAAUAAAUUUUGGAAUUGUGGAGUCGUAGACUGUUCUAAUGAAUCAGAAAAUAAUUUUUGUCUUAGUUUAAGAUUUCCAAUUAUUAAAGGCCUUAAAUUAAAAGAUGAUUUCAAAAUCACUUUACAAUGCAGAGGACAAGACAAAACUGCCUCCCACGUAAAAAAAAUCAGCGUUAAAAGUCUGGACACAAAUUCGAGAAUGGUUCCAAGAGUCGCCGCAGGAGGUGGCAACGAUUUUCAGACCGAUGUUGCUCUCUAUAGAAAAACUUACAAUUCUGAAAAUAUUUUUGACAAAAGAAUAGAAUCUGGAGGAACUGUCAUUCUAGGAGAAGAAAUUUUAUUACGAGUUUCAAUUCGAGAAGGAGAUGGUUGGCGUUACUCAAAAAUCAACGACGUAACAAUGUAUUUUGUAGAGAAAACACAACAAAAAAGAAUAAUGAACAGCCUCACGAUAUUGGAUGCAAAUGGAUGUUUAAAUCCUCAAGUUCGCGCAAUAUGUUCAAGAGAACAACACCGGGUCUCCCCUUUAGAAAGUUACUUACUUUUUCAAGCUUUCAUGUUUGAAAAUAUGAAAGAAAGUGAUGAGAUGAUUUUAAGUGUUAAAGUCACCGGAUGUCUCGACGGGGCUGAUUGCAUUCUAAAUUGUCCGGAAGGCCACGUGAGAAGAUCAAAAAGAAAUUCCCAAAAUAAUCGAAAUCAAACUAUAAAGUGGGAAGAUGACAUUGAAUUCAGGAUUUUGCGAAAGGAAGAAAAAUACUCAGAAUCAUUGGAUUUUAAUCUUGCGAUUCCUUACGCUUUAUCAGCUUUGAUUUUUAUAGCCGCUGGUGUUUUAAUUUAUUUUUGUAAGAAUUUUCGCAGACAAAGAUUUUCUAGAUUCAAUUUGAGUUGAGAAAGUCUUGGCUUUAAGGGGAGGUUCUACAUUUCAGCGGGAAAAUCGGGCUCUUUUUUACGGAAAUGAAUUGCAAAGGAUCUACUAGAGAUAUCAACACAAACAUUUUUUUUUAUUUAAAGAUACAUUCUUUCACUUUGAAUAUGUAUUUUUUAAAAUUUUAAAACGUGAAUUCCGCGACCUUGAAAUGUCUUUGAACUUGUUACCAAAAACAACAUGGGUGUAAUUGUGGAAGCACAUCGACCGGUUGGGUUAUAUGAAAUAAAAAAAAUGAAAUAUAUUUUGAUUGAGGCCUGUAUUGGCUAUGAUCGGCCGAAGCGAUUUUGUUUCUACAUCAAAUUUGUUUAAAUAAUGCAAUAUUUAUUUAAAAGUUUGAAAUUUCACCAAAUUUUUUGCGGUAUUGGGGACUGCAAAAUUUUUUUAAAUUAAUAUGUUAAAAAUCGUGCUCGGCCGAUCAGAGAGGCAUGUUUACUGAACGAAUAAAAAAAAAUUGAGUCAAUUCGAUAAAUAUUUCUAGUAAAAGGCAUACCAUCCAGCUUGGAAAAGGUGUUUUUUGGGAAAUCGCGUUUAAAGAUUCAGAUGUUUUCGACUCGCCACUCGAUUCGACUAUGAGCUAGUCAAUGAAUUUUGUAUGGUAAACAAAGGCACACACACACAUUCACACACAUUAAAAACAUGCCAGAAAUAGACUAAAUGAUACGCCUGGGAAAAAAUCUGUUCCUGGAAAUGCGACAGUUCGACCGCGUCGCACCAAGACGCAUGAGACGGCCGGAGAUGGGUACUUUGGAGAUCCCAUAAACGUGGGAAGGAAUAUGUUUUCGACAAAAUCCUUUUAGUGGCAUAUUUUUAGAUAAAUAGUGAUUCUAAAAAUGCAACAAAAAAAAGGUUUUUUUUGAAACUUGAAGUGUAGAAACUCCACUUAAAUUGAAUUCCUGAACAACUGUAUUAUCCAUUUAAGUUAUUUUCAAUGGAUAUGAUAAUAAAUGAAGUUGUACAUAAAUAAGAGGAUUCUG